AUGAAGGUUCAAUGCCAGAUUAUCACCACCCCAGCCGAUGAUUCUCCGGGAACCACUCUGUUACUCCAUUUCGACCAACAACGUUAUAUGAUUGGUCAAAUCGGUGAAGGUGCACAGCGAGCAUUUAUCGCACGAAGCGCACGGCUCAAGAAAAUAUCGAAUAUUUUUCUCACCGGGCGAACACAAUGGCAGAAUACCGGCGGGCUCAUCGGAUUUCUCUUGACUUUGGGAGAUAAGGAGGAAGGGAAGACUUUGGAUGCAGCGAGGCUGGGCAAGCCAAACAUUGCAGCAAGCUCGGGGGUUACUGUUCAUGGUGGCGAGAACUUAAUGCACACACUUGCUACCGCUCGACCUUUCGUUUUCAGGAAAGCCAUGAAACUGAAAGUUCGGGAAAUUCCACAGCAAUCUGAAAAACUAUUACCUGCGAGAACGCCAUACUAUGGCGAUGAAAAUUUGACGGUUCAUGCUAUGCAUAUCUUUCCUGAUGGCCAUAAAAAGUUGGUAGUUGUUGGAGUAGGAUCGGAGAAAUCCUCAGAAGAAAGUAGUCCAAGCGACGAUGAGACUAAAAGGAAGCGUUCUUUUGAAGAUUUUUCGGGCAAAGAAAGUGUACAGAAAGCUCAAAACCGAAAGUCAAUCCUUCAAGGUGUGGUUGAGAACAUGUUUUGUUCUGACUGGACCAUGGAUACCAUGAUGGAAGAUUCUGCGCCUGUCAACGAAAACGAUAUGAUGAGAAAUUCGGCCAGUGGAGACUCAAAGAGGCAGCGCAGCUCUCCGCCGACCAAUGAUGCUUUCACGACCCAGGAACAUGACUUUCAACUUUCCACCAGGCCUCCGCCACCAGGAAAAACCAGAGCUCCAUGGCCAGCAUCAACUGUGACACAUCUCCCACGCUCCAAACCUUCUGAAAUUUCAUUAUCUUAUUUGUUUACCCUUCGCCCCGUCCGUGGAAAAUUCUUGCCCAAAAAAGCCAUCUCUCUCGGUGUAAAACCCGGUCCAGAUUUCUCUAAAAUCUGUAACGGCGAAUCAAUUGUUGUCGCCGAUGGCAAGAUUGUUAGACCGGAAGACGUAAUGGAACCAACUAAACCAGGUACUGGAUUUGCUGUCUGCGACCUGCCCGAUCCAGCAUAUAUCAAUGAUUUCCUAGCGCGAGAUGAAUGGAGGGAUAUAGAAAGACUCAAAGUAGAAGUUGAAUGUUUUUUCUGGAUCCUGGGUAAAGGAGUCAUAAAAGAUCAGAACUUAAGGAAGUUUAUGAAAAAUAUGGCACACGCCCGGCAUGUGGUCAGCUCUCCAGAUGUUUGCCCAAAUACCAUCUUUUACCAGGGGGCUGCAGGCGCUGCGACAAAGCUUAAUAUGAUGGAUGAGAGCUUUUUCCCUAUACCUCUUUCGAGCAAUAAGGCAUCGAUUGAAGAUUUAGAGGGGAUUGAGCCUGCAUUGCCAGGGCUUGUUUGGCAACUGGAACCAAAACGGGAGCUACUGAAGGCCGGUGUUAUGGAAUUUUUCGACGUGGAGAAGGCUGUGGAGGACACAGAGCCUGAUUAUGUCCAGUUGGCCAAAACGGUCAAAACCCAAACCUUGGGAAAUACAGCAGAAACGUUUAAGGAGACUCCGUGGAAAGAUGUGGAGAUCAUCACUCUUGGUACUGGAUCCGCAAGUCCCAGUGGAUAUCGGAACGUGUCAGCGACCCUUGUAAGGGUACCUGAUGCUGGAAGCGUUCUCUUUGAUUGUGGUGAGAGUACGGUUGGACAACUAAGGAGGCUAUAUACAUCAACAGAGUUAGCUGGGGUGUUAAAAGACUUGAAGGCGAUCUACAUCUCACAUCUACAUGCGGACCAUCAUCUUGGUACCACUGCUGUGCUGAAAGCUUGGUAUAACGAAGUUCACCUCAAGAACGAGGAAGUUAUUGGAGAUGGAAUCAUGAAUGUUGUGGCCCCGUGGAAAUUUCUAGUCUGGUUAAAGGAAUACGCAGAUGUCGAAGAGUUUGGGUUCUCAAAGAUUCGCUUCGUAGCCUGUGGGGAUAUCCCAUUGAGAGCAAGAGAGCAGGCAAGAGAUCGCUCAAUCAUCACUAGCAUCAACAAGCUCCCUGAUGUUCUCAACUCCAUGUCGCUAAAGGAUAUUCAAACUUCACCUGCUGUCCACUGUCAAGGUUCUUUUGUAACGGCUUGGACAUGGAAAAACGGGUUUAAACUCGCAUAUUCUGGUGACACUCGGCCCACGUCUGGCUUUGUCAAGAUCGGAAAAGACGCCACAGUACUUUUACAUGAAGCUACGUUCGAUGAUGAAUUACAGGCCGAAGCAAUCGCGAAGAAACACUCGACGACAUCUGAAGCUUUGAGGGCAGGGAUGGAUAUGGGUGCAAAGGGGGUCAUCCUGACACAUUUCAGCCAAAGAUACCCAAAGUUGCCAGUUUUCUCAACUAAGGGGGAUGGAAAUGGGAUGGACAUUGUCCUUGCGUUUGAUCUAUGUAGGAUUCGCGUGGGUGAUAUGGGGAGGUUUGCAGGGUUUUUUCCGGCAUUAAGAGAACUCUACAGAUACGAUGACGAUGUGGUGGCAAAUCUUGAUGAAGAGGAAGAGGAAGAGAUCAAGGUCGAGGUGGGAGCGCAAAAGAAGAAGCCAAUGAAAGAGAAAAAAUGA